AUGGGAAGGGCAAAAGAAGAGGCUAUAUCCCUGCACGACGAACCACAAUGCGAUCGAUUUAACGGCGAGAGCAGACGCGCUCCACAAAAUCCUCUCGACGCUGGAAGGAAACUCAUACGACCAAUCAACGAGAUACAUGGACCCAAACAGAGCCCCUACAGCUCACGCCGCUCAUCGAGGGCCGUGAAGGAUUAUCGAUAUAUCUCGACAGUCGGGAUUGCAUCGUCGUCCACGGACCCCAUAUAUCGCGACCAACACGUUACAAUACCAGUCACCGACGCGUCGGAGCAACCCAACAUGCUCUCGGUCAUGAUCAUGUUCGGAACAGCCACGCUUCGCACCGAGGGGGAGCACGAUGUGUACGUGGACAUCAAACGACAUCUCGAUUGGGACAAUACGGAGCUGCUGUACGCGGCGAGCGAGACAUUGGAGGAGGAUAAACUAGGAUAG